AUGCCACCCAAACCCGGACCAGCAGCACCACUCCCACACAGACCACCACUCCUGCCAGCCGUCCUCUUCGCCAUCGCCUCCGGCAGCUGGUUCUUCUGGGAACUGCGCGCCCAAGCCGCCUUCGACGCCGGCACGACCUCCUACGACUGGAAAAUCGAAAGUCUCUCCGACCUAGGCGUCGACUACCGCCAAGUGCACCCCCUGAAACACUACAACGUCACCUCCCACCGCCACGGCAGCCAGAAUUUCAAUUUCCUGCAAGCGGGCGUCUGCUUUGGCCUGGCGCAACUGAUCCUCCUCUUCGCCACUACGAAGAACCGCGCGACGCAGAACAAUGCCCUCCUGCUGAGGAAUCUGCGCUUGCUCUUGACAGCGCUGUACGCGGGCAGCAUGCUCCUGAUCGCGCGCAUCCACGGCGGCCCGCGCGAGAAGUUCUGGAAGAUCAUCGGGUGGCAUUGGAUGGGUUUCGGGACGGCCGCUGUGGCUGGGAAUCUGAAUUCCCUGCUCGCGGCCGCGGUGCCUACGGUUGGUGUGACUUUUGAGGCGCAUGCGGUUUAUCGGGCUUUCAGUGCUGUGCUCGGCAUGGCGGGUCUGUAUAGUCUGUGGAGGUUUCAGAAUCUCGGCGAGUGGCAUUAUCAGACGGAACUGGGGUUGUGGCAGCGGGGCAUGGUUUAUCCCGUUCUGGCUUGGGAGGCUAUGACUGCGGUUGCGCUGGUUGCGGCGAAUGUUUCUGGUGGUGGUGGUGGUGGUGGUGGUGGUGCUGGGAAGGCGAAGAGGACUUGA